AUGUCACUGACGUGCUUCACCCGCUGUCCUUCCAAGUGCGACGAUUGUCUUCUCAGUACCGCCACGCGGUCGGCGGAAGCGCGCCGCAUACAGGACGGACGUUGCGGUGAGAUACGAGUCGGCCGGGUGGUGCGCAUGGCAGAAGCAACCCCAGCACAGGGCCGUAGCAAGCGGGUCGCACUCGGGGCCAUGGCAGCAUGCAGCGGUUCGACUUCGGACCCCGAAGACAGACAGACCGCCGCGGAACCACGAACUCCCAGUUGGAAUAUCAAAACACUCACGCGCACCUUCAGCCAAGACACAUCCACGAGCACCGCCACCUGGUUCUCGGGCACCGGCACCCUGCUCAAGUCCAAGCACGAGGAAGAUCCGCCCGCCCACUACGAGACGCGCUUCUGCACCUUGGGCUUCGCGCUCAAGAUCGUCGAAUGGACUCUUUGUAUUUUGUGUACUGGCCUGUUCUUUGAAGGGAGUGCUCUAAUAUAUGAUUUCAAAAAACAGCUAGUCCCAUAUAUUGCAUACUGGACUUAUAUGAUGAUAACAGGAGUCGUUAUUCUAAGCUAUCUUUUGGGACAGAAAAUGAGAGAGAUGCUGAUUCGCAUUUACAAUAUUAUAGGAGCACUAAUGUUCUUCAUAGCUGCAAUAAUUAUAUUCUCGAUAACGGUUGAAAACUGGGAGUCAUGGAACCGGGUAGAUCCAACCACACCGCCACCACCAACAACAACAGCAUCACCCAAGAAGCAGCGAAAUUAUGAAGAUGUCGCUCCACAACUCGAAUUUCAGAUGAAAUAA